GUGUGUUUACCCGUCAUAAUAUGUCACUCAGUAUCCUGUCAUUGCGGACACACUCUCUGGCUAUCUAUUAAAUUCCCGGCAAGACACACGAAUUGCUAUUUUUAAUCAAAAAUGACCACCCUAAGACCGUUCACAUGCAGCGACAUGUUUAAAUUCAACAACGUUAAUUUGGACCCCCUAACGGAAACGUACGGUCUACCGUUCUACAUGCAAUAUUUGGCACACUGGCCCGAGUAUUUUCAAGUAGCCGAAUCGCCUAGCGGAGAAAUAAUGGGUUACAUCAUGGGAAAGUCCGAAGGGCAUGGCGAAAAAUGGCAUGGUCAUGUAACGGCUCUAACCGUAUCACCGGACUUUCGACGACUCGGUUUAGCUGCUACGUUAAUGAACUUUCUGGAAGAUGUGUCCGAAAAGAAGAAAACCUUUUUUGUUGAUCUGUUUGUGCGCGUGAGUAACAAAGUUGCUAUCAAUAUGUACACGAAUCUCGGAUACAUUGUCUACCGCACAGUUCUGGAAUAUUAUUCGGGUGAUCCGGACGAGGAUGCUUUCGAUAUGCGAAAAUCAAUGUCCAGAGACGAAUUCAAAACAUCAAUGAUACCACUACAGCAUCCCAUGUAGUCGCUUCCGUCUCAUCAUUCGUAGUCGUCGUCGUCGUCGUCUCUUUAGCCUUUUUCCAAUUCUUUGCUGCCGCCAAUAGUUUCAGAUUCGGUCGUGCCAUUUCAUCCUCCGGGAAAAUGUAAUCGAACACCUCCUCCCAG